AUGAUCUCUCUUGUUCGCCUCGCUCUCGCCAUCUCGGCCGUCGCUGGGGCCCUUGCAGCACCCACGGCCGAGCUAGAUCUGCCCGAUUUCGAGUUUGGCGCCGAUGCCCUCGCGCCUCGCCAGGACUACAACCAGAACUACAAGACGGGUGGCAAUGUCAACUUUUCGCCCACGAGCAACGGCUACUCUGUCAGCUUUUCCGGUGCUGGGGACUUUGUCGUCGGCAAAGGCUGGAGCAAAGGAACCACAAGGAACAUCACCUUUGACGGAUCAACCUCUCACUCGAGCGGCACUGUCUUGGUUUCCGUCUACGGAUGGACCAAGAAUCCGCUGGUCGAGUACUACAUUCAAGAGUACACGUCUGACGGCAAGGGGUCGGCUCAAGGGACCCAAGUCGGUACGGUUGAGAGCGACGGAUCCGUGUACGAUAUCUGGAAGCACACGCAAGUCAACCAGCCGUCCAUUGUCGGUACCACCACCUUCACGCAGUACAUCUCGAACCGUCGGACGGCACGCCCCGGCAGUGGUACGAUUACUACCAAGAACCACUUUGACGCCUGGGCCAAGGCCGGGUUGAACUUGGGUACACACGAUUACCAGGUUUUGGCGACUGAGGGUUGGGGAAGUGCCGGUGGAAGCUCCAAGUACACCAUCUCUACCUAG